AGGGGCAACAGACUAGCGCAGACAAGGAAAGAAGAACUAACAAGAAAGCUGGAAAAUCACAACUAAAUGACUUCACAUAGAUGGAAGAGAAGAUGAAAACUCUUCUAAGCUAAAAGGGCAGUAGUGGCUUCCUGAUGUUGGAGGAGGGAGGAGCUUGUUCAGCCCAGUCUGGUGUGGUGUGCCUCUUCUUGGUUCAGCCCCGAAGAUUCAGGCGCAAUCACUUCUUAAGGUGACCUAAAUACAAUAAAAUGGAAAAGGGGAAUUAUACACCUGUAACAGAGUUCUUUAUGAUGGGGCUUUCAAACUACCCAGAAAUCCAGGUAUUUCUUUAUGUGCUCUGUCUCUUGAUGUAUUUGGUGAUUCUCCUGGGAAAUGGCACCCUCCUUACCAUCACCAUCCUGGACUCUCGCCUUCACACCCCUAUGUAUUUUUUCCUUGGGAACCUCUCCUUUAUAGACAUCUGCUACACAUCCUCCUCAAUCCCUCAAAUGCUAGUUAAUUUUACAUCUAAAAGAAAAUCCAUGACUUUCAUUGGAUGUGCCCUGCAGUUGGUUAUUUCUUUUGGUCUUGGGUCCACAGAGUGUCUGCUGCUGGCAAUAAUGGCUUUUGACAGAUAUGUAGCCAUCUGCAGUCCUCUAAGAUACACCAUCAUCAUGAACAGGGGAAUAUGUAUACAUAUGGCUGCCUGGACCUGGAUACUAGGAUUUCUGAUUGCCUUAGUACAAUCUGUGCUUGCCUUGAUACUACCUUUCUGCGAGAACAUUAUUGACCACAUGGCCUGUGAAAUUCUUGCCCUUUUGAAGCUUAUCUGUGUAGACAUCUCCCUCAAUAUAUUUAUUAUGAUAAUUGCAAGUAUUAUUCUGUUAAUCACUCCUCUGGUCUUUAUUUUCUUCUCUUAUGUAUUCAUCCUCUCCACUAUUCUGAGAAUUAAUUCUACUGAAGGAAGGAAAAAAGCUUUUUCCACUUGCUCAGCACACCUUACUGUGGUAAUCUUGUUUUAUGGGUCUGCUCUUUUCAUGUACAUGAAACCCAAGUCUAAGGACACUAAGCUUUUUGAUGAAAUCUUUGGAUUGUCUUACUGGGUGAUCACCCCAAUGCUGAACCCCAUCAUCUAUAGUCUGAGAAAUAAGGAAGUAAAAGAAGCUGUGGAGAAAGUCCUAAUCAGAAAUCUGUACUUAAGGAAAAUGUGAACUAUGAGACUGACUGUUGGCCUCUGUUGUAUGGGAGAAUCUUGUCUUCUUUCAAACCCAGUGUCAUUGCUCCUGGUAUUAGUAGUGUAAGAGUGACUGAAACAACCCCCAUGAGAUCUUCAUCCAUUUUCAUACAGAAUAAACAUUUCUGAAAGCAUAAUUCUACUCUAGAAUUUGCUAAUAACCCUAUUCCAACUUCUGCUUGAUUUUUCUGGGUUUCACAAUGUUUUUCAUUAAAUUAUAACACAUAUUGUUUAUAAUUUCUUGCUAAUAGAUUACCUUUGUAAUUUCCAUUCAUUUCUUCCAAAUGCCUAAUCUCUGCUUUCAUAGUUAUUAUAAAUAGUCAUUAAAUCUUAUAUUUCUACAUAAAAGUAUGGGUUGUAUUUGUAUAUUCAUUUAGUCAACAUUUGCUGAGCAUGACCAGUGUACUAUCUUAUAAAAAGCAAAUCAUGAAAAAUAUAACUGAUUCUUCAGAAGUUUAUAAUAUAGUUAGCUUAUACAACCAAAUAAAGUCAGCAUCAGCAGAAAUCUCAAAGAUCAACUUGUCCAUAUCAUACUAAACCAAGAAUCCAAUCAACAUUAUACCAAACAAAUCAUUUUUCAGUAAUUACUUCACAAAGAGGUAUGACACAUUACCAACUAAAUUAAACCAUCUCACAUUUAGAUAGCUGAGGUUCUAUAUUAUUAUUUUUUCUUUUUUCACUUUAAACAUUUUUUCAGUACAUUUAGAAACAAUUUUUGACAACUAUUAUUUAGCGUUUUUCAAUUCAAAUUGUCUUCCAAUCUUCCUCCUUCCACCCUACCUGAGGUGGUAAAUAGUCUGAUAUAAGUGGUUAUACAUAGCUUUAAUUAUAAAGAAAUUGUUCACUACAGCAAGCUUAACUCUGCCUCAAAUUUCAAAGCACUGGUUCUAGUCCUAACAGUUGGGGCCAAGCACAACAAGAUUAAUACUUGUUCCUUCUGACUAUCUUUCAAAUAUUUGAAGACAGGUAAUAUCCUUUAUGCUUUCUCUCAUCUCUAUAAAAAAAUCUUCAAUUUCUUCAAUUGAUUCUGAACUAGCAUGAUCUAAAGACCUUUCAACAUCUUUGCCUUCUUCCUCUGAACACUGGACAAUCUUUUUUAACAUUUUAUUCUUCCUCAAUGCCAUGUAAAAGUAGCUUAUCAAUCUUCUUACUAACAUAUGUUUGGCAGAAUAAAACACAAUAUUCUAGACUUGUUCUAGCUUGGACAAUGGGAUUGUUAUUUCCUGAAUUCUAGACAGUAGAACUCUCAAAGACUUCUAAACAAGUUAACUUUUUCUGUUGCCAUAAGGUCCAAAUUUUGGUCUUUCAGUACUUUAAAACCACCAAAUACGUUUCAGACUUACUGCUAUAUAGCAAAAGUUCCCUCACAGUAUUGUUGUAAAAGGAGAUUCUUGAAUCCAAGUCUAAUGUUUUAUAUUAUUCCUUAAAGUUUCAUCUUUGUAGAUUCAAUUCAGAAUGCUUGCUUACUGAAGGGAUUUUGGAAUUCUGAUUUUUGUCAUCUACUUAGAAACCUAGUUAUAUGUCAUCUACAACUUUGAUAGGGUGGUCUAUCAUCUACAAUGUCGCUAUCCAAGUCAUUUGAAAAGAGGUUAAAUACCACAGAGAAAAAUAUAGAAUCCUGGGAUAUUCCAUUGGAGUGUUCCUUGCCAAGUGACAUUGAACCACUAGUGACUACUGUGGGUUUGGUCUUGUAGCAAGGUGUAUAUCCACUUAACUGGAUUAUAGUCUAGCAGAUACCAUUCAUCUAAUCCAUAAUAAAGGCAUGAAAAUCUUUAUCACAUGUUUUAACAAAAUCCAGGAAAAUGACGUCUUUGAAAUUCUCUUGGGCUAACUAUCCAUUAACCUUGUCAAAAAAGAAAAGGCAAAUUAUUCCUGUUGUAAUUUUUUAAACCAAGUUUUCUUAUCCAUAAAUUAAGGAAAAUACCCACACUACUGAAAUAAUAUGGAUACACUACCUACCUCCUGGAUGAUUUUUCAGUAAGCACUUCAUAAAUUUUAAAGUGCUAUGGAAAGGUGGAUGGUUAAAUUCCUCUUAUAUGGGUCAAAUGUAGGUAGCUUAAGGCAAUGUGGUACCAGCAAAGUGCCUUGGCUGUGGAGUGAGUUCUAAUCCAUGCCACUGGUAGUCUUUAAUAACUGACAAAAAGUAUCCUGGUAAAAAGUAUCACAAAAUAAUUUCCUCCUUUAAAUUCUCUGCUCUAGGCUUGAAAUCACCAUUACCAUCCCUUUAAUGACCAACAUUUUGAUAACAUUUUUGACCAUUUAAUCAAGAAUGAAAAUAAAACUCUUUGACCCAUAGGCUGUAGUUUCCACCUUAACUGAUUUUUUUUUUUAAAUUUGGAACAUUUUUUUCCUUUUCCAGUCUCAUAACCUCUCUUGGGUUCUAUACAGUCUUCAACAAUAAAUGCUUUUCAAAUGGACCAAGGAAUUUGAAUUCAUCACAUAAAGCAAAUAUUACCUCCUCUUAUCUACUUCUUUAUCUUGGUUUUGAACAUCAUAUUAUUUUUUAUUUUCCUUUCCUAAACAAUAAUUAUUCCACCCUAAAGAAAAAAAAGGUGAGAAGACAGGCAUAUAAAUAAUCAGGAAGCAAAUAAGAAUAUGGUAGAUGUUUAAG